UUACAUACCCCAAACAAAAUAAUCACCAUGAUUUUUCUCUUUAGUACUCUCCAAUUUUCUCUCUUCUCUUUGGCCCUUGUAAUCGCCGGUUACAUUUUCCUCGGAAAAAAAUUGAGUAAAAGUGAAGUUGAUAGCUCCACCAUACCUGAGCCAUUAGGAGCUUUGCCUCUAUUCGGCCACCUCCACCUAUUGCGCGGCAAAGAACUCAUUUGCAAGAAACUAGCUGCCAUGUCCGAAAAACAUGGUCCUAUCUUCUCCCUCAAGUUAGGGUUUUAUAGGCUGGUUGUAGCCAGCGACCCAAAAACGGUGAAAGAUUGUUUCACCACCAACGACUUGGCUCUAGCAACCAGACCCAAUAUAGCCUUUGGUCGGUAUGUAGGCUACAACAAUGCAAUUCUGGCAUUGGCUCCCUAUGGAGACUAUUGGCGUGAGUUACGUAAGAUUGUCACCGUCCAUCUAUUCUCAAACCAGAGUAUAGAGAUGCUUGGUCACAUUCGUUCUUCAGAAGUAAACGCGUUGAUCAAACACCUAUACAAAGGGGGUGGUGGCAGUUCGAUGGUGAAGAUUGACAUGUUAUUCGAGUUUUUGACCUUCAAUAUAAUCCUUAGGAAGAUGGUGGGGAAGAGGAUUGGUUUCGGUGAAGUGAAGAGCGAGGAAUGGCGUUAUAAGGAGGCGUUGAAGCAUAGCGUGUACUUGGCUGCGGUUCCUAUGAUAGGCGACGUUCUUCCAUGGCUAGGAUGGUUGGAUUUUGCAAAAAAUUCUCAAAUGAAGAGAUUAUUUAAGGAGCUUGACUCAGUCAUCACCAAGUGGCUCAAAGAACAUCUUAAGAAGAGAUCAAUAAAUGAGAAGGAUCAAGAAAAAACAAUCAUGGAUCUACUGCUCGACAUCUUACCAGAAGGUAUUGUGAUAUGUGGACAUGUACGCGAUGUCAUUGUGAAGGCAACAAUUUUGAUUCUCACAUUAACGGGAUCAGACAGCACAUCCAACACUUUGACAUGGGCCGUAUCGCUGCUACUCAACAAUCCAGCUGCUUUAAAAGCAGCACAAGAAGAGAUUGACAAUUGUGUCGGGAAAGGUAGAUGGGUUGAAGAAUCCGACAUACAAAACCUUAAGUACCUACAAGCUAUUGUUAAGGAAACUCACCGACUUUACCCGCCGGCUCCUCUUACAGGAAUCCGCGAAGCACGUGAAGAUUGUUUCGUGGGAGGAUACCGUGUUGAGAAAGGCACGCGCUUGCUCGUCAACAUAUGGAAACUUCAUAGGGAUCCCAAGAUCUGGCCUGACCCCAAAGCCUUUAAGCCUGAGAGGUUCAUGGAGGAGAAAUCACAAUGUGAAAAGAGCGACUUUGAGUACAUUCCUUUCAGUUCUGGAAGAAGGUCGUGUCCAGGGAUCAAUCUUGGUCUAAGAGUUGUACACUUCGUGUUGGCUCGGUUGCUUCAAGGGUUUGAGUUACGCAAAGUGUCUGGUGAACCACUGGAUAUGGCCGAAGGGCCUGGUUUAGACUUGCCAAAGAUUAAACCGGUGGAAGUUGUUGUAACGCCUCGGCUCCACCCGGAGUUGUAUAGUUUACUCUAAACCAUUGUGUACUCGAUAAUUUGUUGGAGCUUCUUGUGAUCAUGCCUUUCUAAGUUUAGACAUGUAUGGUGGUCGAUGGUAUAAAAAACAAUUUGGGAA